AUGGCCGAAUUCGUGCGCGCCCAGAUCUUUGGGACCACCUUCGAGAUCACCUCGAGAUAUUCCGACCUCCAGCCCGUUGGCAUGGGAGCGUUCGGCUUGGUUUGCUCUGCGAAGGAUCAACUUACCAGCCAGAAUGUCGCCAUCAAAAAAAUUAUGAAGCCCUUCAGCACCCCUGUGCUCGCCAAGAGGACGUAUCGUGAGUUGAAGCUGCUCAAGCACCUCAAGCACGAGAAUGUCAUCUCCCUCAGCGACAUCUUCAUUUCUCCGCUCGAGGAUAUCUAUUUCGUCACAGAGCUCCUCGGCACCGACCUCCACAGGCUACUCACCUCGAGGCCCCUGGAGAAGCAGUUUAUUCAGUACUUCCUUUACCAGAUCAUGCGCGGUCUCAAAUAUGUCCACUCUGCCGGCGUCGUUCAUAGGGACUUGAAGCCCAGCAACAUUUUGGUCAACGAGAACUGCGACCUGAAGAUCUGCGAUUUUGGCUUGGCCCGUAUCCAGGACCCGCAGAUGACCGGCUACGUAUCAACGAGAUACUACCGUGCGCCCGAGAUCAUGCUCACUUGGCAAAAGUACGACGUCGAGGUCGACAUCUGGAGCGCCGGCUGCAUCUUUGCCGAGAUGCUCGAGGGCAAGCCGCUCUUCCCCGGCAAGGACCACGUCAACCAGUUCUCUAUCAUCACCGAGCUCCUCGGCACGCCACCAGACGACGUUAUCAACACCAUUGCUAGUGAGAAUACCCUACGAUUCGUCAAGUCACUCCCCAUGCGUGAGAGGCAACCCCUCAAGAACAAGUUCAAGAAUGCCGACCCGACGGCCAUUGACCUCCUUGAGCGCAUGCUCGUCUUCGAUCCUAAGAAGCGGAUAACGGCGACCGAGGCCCUCGCUCACGAGUACCUGGCGCCUUACCAUGACCCCACCGACGAGCCCACCGCCGAGCUAAAGUUCGAUUGGAGUUUCAACGACGCCGAUCUACCCGUCGACACUUGGAAGAUCAUGAUGUACUCAGAGAUUCUCGACUACCACAACGUCGAAGCCGCCAGCGUCGGGGAGAUGGAGAACCAGCAGCAGUAUCUCGCACAAUGA